CCUAGCGGUUACCACUCUGGAGGUUUUGCUGAGUUCCCAUCCUACUCUGGAAGCUAAGGCAUAUGAGGGAUGGCAACCAGGAAGCUAGGCUACGGAGAAUCCAGGAGUGGAGGAACUGGCACGGGGCCAUAGACAAAUAAGCUCUUCAAUUUGUCUUUAGCUUUAUCUUCGAGACGGAAGGAUACUCAAAUUGCCUGGUGUCGUUUCUUAUGGUAGACUGAUACCGAGUCUCAGAGAAGGAAAGGUCACACAGCCGAGGGUGAUAGAAAUGAUGUCUUCUCGGAUACCGCCCCCCCCCGCCCCCCCGGUUCUUAACACCAUAGCGAGAUUCAUGGAAGUGAAAAUCCUGCCCCUUGGCUCUUUAUUCCUUAACGAAGUUUCUAAGACCUUAGAAAAAAACGGAAAUAAAAAACCGCACCCCACCCCAGUAGUAGAAAAGGACCCUAAUGCGGAGUAACACUUGUCCCGUCGAUCCAAAACCCGGCUGUUUUGAAAAUUAAAAAAAAAAAAGGACUGCGGGAGAUGGCAAUUUGGGCAAAUCACAUUUGACCUAGAUUCCACACUACUACCUUCCUUCACCUUCACUCUGAGAUUGUUUCAGAACGCUGCAAGCUGAUUCGGCUGGAGGGGAAGCUUGGAAAAGAGAUUGUUCAAGUACCUUGUUCAACAACUGACUUCAACCAAACUAAAGAUUUUGAAGACUGUCUCCAAGACGGAAAGCUGAGCGUAGGAACCUUUAGCUCAAGUCAAGUACCCACCCGGACUCAGUUUUUCGCUUCUCAGGAAGUAGGGGGCAAACUCGACUUGCCGGAAGUGCUUUUCUGCGAGUCGCUGGUUCUUCUGAAGCACAGCUUACCAUAAAUCCACGCUGCUGGCAAGUAUGGUGUGCUACAGAUGAGCAACAUGCUUCUGAUUCAGCCCUUCUACCAAACUGUAAAAAUAUGUUAAUCAGAACUGCUUGGCAUCUUCCUGAAGAAAACUUUCAAUAGGGGCCAGUAUGCUUCACUUCAUUCAGAGGUUUUCUCAAGCAUCUUCAAAGAUGCUGAAGUGUCCUUUCACAGUGAGACUAGGAGCCAGCAGGAGAACAGAUACACUUUCUCUUAAGACAUGUCUGCAGUGGGACCUUUCCUCUUUGUUUCCAAGAUCUCGGUGUUUUCCUUCAUUUCCACUGUGUAUGAGUAAGGUACAAUACUAUCAUACAUCACCGUGCAGCUUUAAGAAGAAGCAGAAGCAAGAAGUACUUCCAGCCAGGCCACCAAUCACCAUCACUUACCUGCCUAAAACCCCAAAGCCGGCAUUGUAUAUAACUCUGGCAGGACUAAUCCCUUUUAUUGCUCCACCACUAAUCAUGGUGAUGACAAAGUCUUAUAUCCCUGUAUUAGCUUUCACUCAGAUGGCUUAUGGAGCCAGUUUCCUGUCUUUUUUGGGAGGGAUCAGAUGGGGUUUUGCUCUGACAGAAGGUAGUCCAGCCAAACCAGACUACGUUAAUUUAGCUAACGGUGUAGCUCCUGUUGUGUUUUCAUGGUUUGCCUUCAUCAUUUCUGAAAGCCUCAAUGAAGCCAUAAUCACAGUAAUAAUAGGUUUGGGGCUAGCAUUACACAUUGAAGUUUUUCUCUUGCCACAUUAUCCCAACUGGUUCAAAGCCCUAAGGAUAGUAGUCACUUUAGUGGCCUAUUUUUCAUUCAUAAUCACUUUACUACUUCAAGAUAUAUAUCCAGAGAAAGGGCCCAAGAGACCUGAUUAUGUGGAAUGAAUAAACUAUUUUGCUGAUAACA